AUGCCGCACUCUUACGGUACCCGCGCUCGUACGCGCUAUAUGUUCUCUCGUAAGUUCCGUGAGCAUGGAUACAUAAAACUUUCAACCUACCUCAAAACAUACAAGGUCGGCGAUAUCGUUGACAUUAAAGCCAACGGUGCUGUCCAAAAGGGUAUGCCGCACAAGUUCUACCAUGGUCGUACCGGGAUUGUCUACAAUGUAACGAAAUCUGCUGUCGGAGUUAUUAUCAACAAACGUGUUGGUAAUCGUUACAUUGAAAAGCGAAUCAAUGUUCGCAUUGAACAUAUCAAGCAUUCAAAAUGUAGAGAUGAUUUUUUACGCCGCGUAAAAGAAAAUGCAAUCAAGAAGAAAGAGGCGAGAGACAAGAAGGAAAAGGUAAACCUCAAAAGGCAACCCGAACAACCUCGAACUUCCCACUUUGUUUCCACCAAGAAGAACCCUCCAACAACAAUCACACCUAUUCCAUAUGACACUCUUGUCUAA